CGUCAGCAGUGCCACAUCAGACAGUGCCACGUAAGCAGUGCCACGUAAGCAGUGCCACGUCAGUAGUGCCACGUCAGCCAGCAGUGCCCCGCCACCAUGACGGGCGCAGCUCWGGGCAUGCCAGGCCAACUGGCCAACGAGUCCAUUGCCGACUACAAAAAGCGUUUUCAGAUUCAGCUCGCUGCAAUCGAGGCUGAGGAACAACGCCAGCUGGCAGUCAAGGCUGCCCAGCUACAGGCUGAAGAAGCGGCAACAGCAGAGAAGCUGCGKCUACAGGCCGAAGCAGACGCAGAUGCCCAGGCUCGCCGCAAGGAAGCCCAGGAKCURCUGCUGCGGCAUGAAGCCAACAGCAUCGACAGACUCAAGUACUGGCACUUUGAACCGAACGGCGACGAGGCAACACCGGAAGAGCAGCAUAAGGAGUUCAUGGCCAAGCUCGUGACCAGUGCUCUGUUCAUCAACACCAAGGGAGGAUGUCAGAUCUGGCUCAGCCACAUGGCAACCAUCCACGGCGUCCAGGUUUCAGACCUGCAUAAGAAGGUCUCCUGGGAGGAUAUGACAAAGGAAUGGAAGAAGCGGUUCAUAGUGGAUGACGCGCCUGCGCUCGCCAUCAACUGCAUCUUCGCGAUGGCUCAAGGGAGCACACCGACACGUGACUGGCUCACGGAUUGCCAGAAGAUCGUGGCCACGCCCGAUCUGGACCUGCCAUUUCCGCAUCUGCGUCGUGAGUUCUACAAUAGGUUGUGCGCCGCUCUGAGCCUCGCACUUGGUGAUCGCGAGCAGUACCACACUUUCAUCGCAGGCCGAAAACGGACAGCCAGCACCACCAUGGGUCAAGUUCGGCUUGACCGAGGCCGAGUACAAGUACCGCAACCGUUACGGCUGCUGUUACUGGUGCAACAGCACCAAGCACAAGACCUCCAUUUGCCAAGAUCAGGCCAAGGAGGAUGUGCGGCCUCUCCAUCAGUGGGACAGGGGACUGUAUGCGAAUUGUUUGACUGUUCUACCCCUGUUCCCACCCUCCCUACCCUCCCCGUACUCUGUGACCACCGGGUUCCUCAAGGACCACAUCAGCUAGCACUGAUGUCGAUGGAACAAGACACCGGGGCACUGCCACGACGCAGUGCCAGGCUUGCAGGGCGUGACCGCUCAGUGAUACCUCUCCGACGCAGGACUCAGCGACUCAGCAGCGGGACGACUCCAGCGGCAUCGAGUACAUCAUUGACGGUACCGGUUACCACCGGAGUUCUUCCCGCAUGCCCGGUCCAAGGGGCCGGCGAGCCGUUGGCAGAUUACCUUCAGCGGGUACAGGCAUUCACCGAUGCCGUAGCAACCGCAAAGGCACAGGAAGAAGCAGAGGCGCAGCGUCAGCGGCUGGCCAACGAGGCGGCAGCCCAAGCUCAGCAGACUGCUGAGGAUGAAGCAGCAGCACGGGACCAACUGAAUGCCGCCAGCACGGAAUCCCUGAUUCAUAAUGAGAAUCAGUGGACAACGAUCCUCGAGGGCAUGAUCUUUACGGAUGGUCAGACGGAGCGAGCGCACCAGACCGCUCAGAUGAUGUUGCGUAUGCUCAUUCGUCCCGACCAGAAAGAUUGGGUUGACCGGCUUCCCGACAUCGAGUUCGCCUAUAACACUUCGGUGCACCCGGCGAUCUGCGUCACACCAUUCGAGCUACAUCAUGGUGGAGAGAAAGAACGGAUCUUUGCUGAUCUCCUUUUGCCACAGGCUGCCGACAUAGACGUCCCUUGCUCUCCCGCUUCCGUUCGGAAGUACCGGGACUUGUUGAUCAAAGCCCGCGCAAAUAUGCAAAAGGCUCAGAUCCGCAUGCAGCAGCAGGCUAACCGACGUCGACUUCCAUGYCCUUUCCGCGAGGGAGACCUUGUUUGGGUCCUCUCCGASGAAUUUGCGCUCGAGCAKGAUGUUUCGYGCAAACUCCUUCCGAAAUGGUUCSGACCAUGGGAAGUCACUUCUGMCGUUGGAGACGASCCCGCAGGUCCUUCCUUCGUGAUCAACAUUCCUCCGCRCCUUACAGUGCAUCGGGUCUUCCACGCAUCAAAGCUGGCCAUCUACACGCCACCUUCAGAUGACGARUUUCYCGAACGUCGAUCACAGGAUCCGCCCUCCAUGGACGGACAUCAGGAAGUGGACCGAGUCAUCACGCACCGCAAGUAUGGCAACAAGCCAAUGCAGUACAAAGUCACAUUCAAGCAAUGUGCGYCUGACGACACUCGGUGGAUCUCUAGUGCAGACUUGCAGACUUCUGCACCCCUUAUCUUCGCCAACUAUGAGAAGACACGACUUGCCAAGGCAGCAGCUCGUCCCACCCGACCCAUCCCGGUAUCGGACAGACACCUCCGCCCUCGCAAGUAGCUCGGUCUUUAUGAGGGGGAGUGUGUUACAUCUUCGACGCCACACGGGUCCUACCGGACCCGACAUAGGGUAGAGGGACACAGUAGGGCCAAAGGCCCGA